AUGACGGUCAUCUUGAUACCCCAGAGCGCUGCGGCCUUUUUGAGAAAGGGUGUUUCCGGCAAGGACUUGGGAAAGCCAACAAAGCCAUUGUUGCCAGAGACGAUGGGUGUCAUUUCAGCAGUAGUCUAUCUCCUCAUUAUGAUCUUGUUUAUACCGUUCGCCUUUUACCAACACAUCAAGGCUGGCUGGGAAGCUUCUGGUCGUGGUGCGGGUAUUGACGACUCUGAUCAUGUCACUGUCGGAGACACAUUUCCACAUAACAAGCUUGGCGCAUAUCUGUCGGCGGUCCUAUCCUUACAAGGAGCAAUCCUGCUGGGUCUUGCAGACGAUUUCUUUGACCUUCGUUGGCGGCACAAAUUCUUCAUUCCAGCAUUCGCUGCGAUACCGCUUCUUGUGGUCUACUACGUGGAUUAUGGCGUGACGUACGUUGUCGUGCCUACACCGUUACGACCGUACUUUGGCGACUUGGUCGACCUGGGCUUCCUCUACUACGCCUAUAUGGCGGCACUGACCAUCUUUUGCACCAAUAGCAUCAACAUCCUUGCAGGGGUCAAUGGUGUUGAAGUCGGUCAAAGUGUUGUAAUUGCCUGUUGCAUCCUCGCCAAUGACCUUCUGUACAUCUCUGGCGUUCAAGAGCACGUCGGCCUCAAUCAUCCUGCCUACGAGUCACACUUGUUUUCAGCCUGCUUCCUCAUGCCUUUCCUUGGCGUGAGCUUAGCACUACUCUACCACAACUGGUGGCCUGCCUCUGUCUUUGUGGGCGACACGUUUUGCUAUUUUGCAGGCAUGACCUUUGCAACAGUGGGCAUUCAGGGACAUUUUUCAAAGACCAUGCUGCUCUUCUUCAUCCCGCAAGUCUUCAAUUUUGUUCUCUCUGCACCACAGCUCUUCCACAUCAUCCCGUGUCCACGGCAUCGUCUGCCAAAGUUUCAAGCAAAGACAGGUCUGGUAGAUGCCAGUAUUGUCGAAUUUGAGAGACCUCCAAGCACGCUACAACGCAUUCUGCUUAUUAUGCUUGAACGGCUCUACCUCGUUCGCCUUGUACGGCAUCCACAUACGGGCGUCAUCCUCUCAAGUUCCAACUUGACGCUCCUUAGCGUCUUACUCGUACGACUUGGACCUAUGCGUGAGGAUACAUUGACCAUCUGCAUGAUGACCAUACAAGCACUCUUUGGCAUUGCUGGCUUCUUGGUCCGGCAUCGCCUAGCAAGACUCGUCUUUACAGAUGACAAUCGCAUGUCUUCCCAAUUUUACGUUUAA